UGGAGUGUAAGCGUUUAAAAAUAUUUCAAAGAUUUUAGUAGGAAGCAAUAUGAAGUGUUUUGUUCUAAUAUUGUCUAUUGUUGCAAUAAUGAGGCAGGUAUCCUCAGCAGAAUUUCUCGGCGGAAUCAAACGUACUGCUGCUGAAGAACUUGUGGGCACUAUCUCCGCAUAUACUACAAAGUUAGCUGCGGACAGUGGUGUCAUCAUAAAAUCAAUUCUCGAGGAACUACCCCAAACCGAUGCCUUCCACAAAUAUAGAGAAGAGUUGGAUGAGUUUCUACAAGAGUAUGAUAAAUACAAAUCCGUAAAGGGUCCUUGCUUUGACAAAUCAAAGGAACUCCUAGGAAUAUUGAACGAGACGAUAGUAAAGUAUUACUCAGAAGAUGCCCCAGCUGAGGCAAAAAAGAUUGUUGAGAUUUUCCACAGUUCACCUAAGUAUAGAGAAUUGACUGAAUACGACGAAAAGAUUAAAUCUUUUGCAAAUCGUGAUUGGACAUCCAGCGAAAUGGAAGAAAUAGAUGCCAAGCUUUCUGAUAAUAACACGGCAGAAUGUUAACAGUUCAAAUAAACAUUUAAUAAUUAGUUUA